AUGGAUGCAUUGAGCUUUGCUCCUCCAGUCGAUCUACCUCACCCAUCUUACUUUUAUGCUGAUAAGCAAAACAACACAUCCAGCAUGCAGCAAAUGGGAGGGUGUAGAAUUCUGCGACAUGCUCCAAAUAAGCUUGUUGUCGCUCUAACCUUGCCUUGGACCUCAGAUAUUGAAGGCACCGAUUCUCACAUCGUUGCAAGGGAGCCAGCAGAAUUGACUUUGGCAAUCAGAGUCAGUCCAGUCUAUCUCAAGUUGAUUGUCCGAUCUCCAAUUGAUAUGAAGAAGGAAUUGCAAGCUUCUGUGUUGCGCCACCAUAAAGCCAAGGAGGAUGAAGUACUUAGGCAAGCUGAAGCAGCUGCAGAGGCAGUCAGAGAAGCAGUAAGUCAAGAAGCUGCACGUCAAGAAGCUACGCACCGAGAAGCAAUACGUCAAGAAGCAGCGAUUCAAGAAGCGGCUAAUCAAACUCCCUUCGAUUUUGAUGACCCGACAACCUGGGAAAAUUGCAAUCGAACCAUCACCAAUGAUGGUAUGCCUCCACCAAGAGCUCGAAUCCCAGAUAUGGAGGAAAUUCGACAAGCUCUGAUCGUUACCACCGGUCAGAUAUUUCGCACGCAUAAAACUGUAGCUAGAGCUUCUACUAUCAAGAAGAGAGUUAGGAAGCAAUUUCGACUUGACAGCGACUUCUUCACGAGAAAUGGCUGGAAAGAGAGAGCUGAUCUAAUCAUCCUCAGGGCAUUUUCUGACGCUUGGGUAAGUCCUCAGCCAAGCACAAGAAGUCGUCCGGAACGCAGAAGAGGUCUCUGGACUACCGUAAACUGA